AUGAAAUUAAUUUCCAGCAUAUUUGGCUUGACUCUUAAAGGCUGAUUCCUCAUCGGCAGUAGUUUUGUUGCAUUAAGUGGGCUUGUAGUUUAUUUAUAUAAGCCACCCAAGGCUAAAACUUUGACUCUCGAAGUCUUGCCUGAGGAAACCCUUAUUGAUCUAUUGCAUCUUAUAAGAAAGCAAUAUUCCAAAUACUACAAAAAAAAUCAGCUUCAUGCAAGAAAGCAGCGUAGAAGGCUGCUGAGAGGCUCAGAUGAGUAUUUCAAAUAUGUAAAAGAGUGCUUUGGAGUUCUUAACAAACUCUUAGAUGAUGCAAUAGAUGAAGUCCUAACUUCUCCCUCCGUAAGCGAAAAAAAAAAUAUUGUUCACACACUUGGAGGGAUUAAUUUUUUUUAAUAUUAAAAAAAUCCCAAUUCUUGAAAAUUGGAAACCAAAUUUUUCUUUCGUUUCUGUUCGUUCAAAAUUAACAGAAUUAGUAUGAAAUUUUAUUAUACUAAUAAUCACUUAUAUAUUAAACAUUUUUUUAUUAUGUAUUUCAAUAAUUUCUUAUCAUGCAUAUGCAUGUCAUUUUGAAUUUGGUAUGUGGAAACCAAAUAUGCGUUUCAAAACGCAAUUUUAGUGAUAAUAUAUGAAAUUUUAUAUGAAAUAGGCGCGUAUAACGUCCAUAAGAAAUUUAUCAACGGAUUAUAUAAAAAUUUUUGUUUGUUAAGGAGGUUGGAUUUUUGGGCAAAAAUAGGGAUUUUACAAUGGUUUUGUUCACUCAUGGAGGGGGACUAAGCGAAAAAGCAAUAAAAAGAGAUAUCUAUGAAGAUUCUAUGAGAUUAUUAAAGCAUGAAGUAAGCAUCUCUGAAGCUGUUCAAGAUAUUAAAAGAAUUGUCAACAAAGGUCCAGUUUCCUUAGAUCUUACCCCUGACAAGCUAUAUGAAAUUCUUUCAUUUUACAGAAGCAGAUUAGACUCAGAGCCGCCUACACAGAAUCCUUAUUCAUUGCCUUUGACUCUAACUCUUAUAGAAGACGAUGUAUACGAUGAGUAUAAGAUAGAAAUUGAAGAAAUCGAAAGAGCGUUUGAUAUGCAUUAUAAUUAUCUAAGCGAUUUUGAUUCUUUAAUGCAGAUGAUUGCACAAGCGAAGCUAGUGGAUGAAGUAGAAGAUAUAGAAAUUCCCAUUCUGAGGGAGAGAUAA